GCGCCCCCCGCGGCGAGGGCUUAAAGGGACCGCGCUGGCGGUGUCCGGGGAGGGAGAGCGGACCCGGCGGGAGGGGCGGGGCGGGGCGGGGCGGGGCUCCGCGAGCGGAAGGGGCGGGGCGGCCCGUGACGUCUGGAGCGGCCGGCCUGGACAUGCAAGCCGCCCUGGAGAUCACCGCCCGGUACUGUGGCCGCGAGCUGGAGCAGUAUGGACAGUGUGUGGCCACCAAGCCCGAGUCCUGGCAGCGCGAUUGCCAUCACCUCAAGAUGAGCAUUGCCCGCUGCACAUCCUCCCACCCCAUCAUCCGGCAGAUCCGCCAGGCCUGUGCUGAGCCUUUUGUGGCAUUCGAGGAGUGUCUCCGCCAGAAUGAGAAGGCCGUGGGCAACUGUGCCGAGCACGUGCACCGCUUCCUGCAGUGCGCCGAGCAGGUGCGGCUGCCCCCGUCACCCGUGGGGGAGGCCCCGCCACUUCCUGCCUCCUGAAACUGUUGAAGGAAAACUAGACAUUGUACCUCCACCGAGAAGAGUGGCCAGAUGGGGUCUAGGGGCCAUGGACAUGGGCCUGGUUUCCUGGACAUCGGGACUCACAGUAAAUAAAGAAUUUGUCUGCCA